AGAUGUGCUGAAACUUUGCUACCUCAUGAUCAGCCUGGUCUUCACGGUUAUGUUGAUGAUUAGUUGGUUUUUCGCCAGAAAUACAGAUCAUACACAGUUCCUUGUCUCAAUCUGCAAAAGGCAACAUCAAAAUGGAGUAGAUCCAGGGAGAUUCUUUAAACGUCGUCUGAAAAAUGCAAUUUUUGUUUCAUUUUUCUUCUUCGGAAUCUUCUCUACUCAUUACAGAAUCAAGAAACUCGUCAGGAAAAAUUUCCGUGGAAGUCUGAAAAAGGUUGGACUACGAUAUCAGAGGAACAUUGUCACAUACCGGCAGUGCUACACAUUUACUAUCCAUCUUCUAGUAUCAAGAUUAGUUCGUGAAGGAAUGGAACUGUUGCUUUACAACAAUCAAGAUCUGACCUCGACCUGGGGGAUGCAAAUAUUCUUCUGCUUCUAUAUUAUCAAGGAGGUUGCUGUUACAAUCAGGUUUAUAGAGUUCUAUCUCACUUCUCACAAAUACUAUUUAGAUAUCCAAACUCAGGAAAAUGUAGAUGAAGGAAGAGAUAUCUUGUCACUUCUUGGGAUGAUUCACCACCUCUUUCCCAAACCAAACCAAACCAUGUAUCUCAGAUAAACCAAUCACACCAAACCAUGUAUCUCAGAUAAACCAAACCAAACCAAGCCAUGUAUCUCAGAUAAACCAAACCAGUUUAAACCAAACCAUGUGUCUCAGAUAAACCAAUCACACCAAACCUUGUAUCUCAGAUAAACCUAACCAAACCAAACCAUGUAUCUCAGAUAAACCAAACCACACCAAACCAUGUAUCUCAGAUAAACCAAACCAAACUAAACCAAACCAUGUAUCUCAGAUAAACCAAACCAAACCAAACCAAACCAUGUAUCUCAGAUGAACCAAACCACACCAAACCUUGUAUCUCAGAUAAACCAAACCAAACCAAACCAUGUAUCUCAGAUAAACCAAACCAAACCAAACCAUGUAUCUCAAAGAAACCAAAC